AUGAAGCUCCUCACCAAUAUCCUGGGUGUUGUCUCGUGCACUGCUAUUGCAGUCACUGCACAGGCACCCGACCCACAGCAAACUUCCGACAUUGAAAUUACGAAAGCCCAGCCCAGUGGCCCCGUAUCCGAAAGCAAAGCCGGUACCGAUUGUGCGAAGAAAUGCGUUAGCCCUCUCUCCCAAGAAACCGAGGCCGAGUGGAAUAUCGCGAUGUUUUGCUUGGAAAGAUGCGAACUCGAUAAAGAAGCAGCGGUAUACCUCGGAUAUGAUGAUAUGCUCAGGAAACUUGCUACGCCGUUGAGUGCAACACCCAACUCCUAUGGCAGAGAGGCUUAUGGCAAAGAUGGCCAGGGAUUCGAGCUGCACCGAGAAUUCCUUGAUGCGGACAGUCUUUUGGCGUUUGAGGAAAAGCUCGAGAAGACGGCCUGGUUCGAUGAGUCAGACUCAAACAACCAAUACAGACACGUAUUGGAAGAUAUCGAGAACCUGAACAGGCAGUUCACUCUUUGUACGACAGAUGAGGCAGAAGGACUGGGAAGAAAGGGGAACUCCGAAGAAGAUGUCAAGCGAACGGCCGCGCUGGGUGAUGGACCGUUUGAGUCCCUGCCAGCAAACGAAGGCACUGACGCUCCAUCGUACGGAGAUAUCCUUGAUAGGGACAGUGAUUCGCCGUCUGCGGACGAGGACGAGGACGAGGAUGCGGAAUAG